AUGCGAGCUCAUGAUCGAAUCUCGCAAGCGGUACAAAACCCAGAGCCUCCGAGCGAGACUGGCCAAUCGAAACCACAACUGCUAGCAAUGGAUAUGGAUAGUUUUGUGCCCGAGACAAGGGUGGAUGAGUCGGAAUAUAUGUCCUGGGUCAACUGGGAAUCCUUUGUGCAGGAUGUUGGUAACUUUAAUGAGCAAGAUAUGCUAGACUCGUCAUUUGUGGUUUGA